UUCUAUGCGUCGUGUUUACUCAGUUUGGAACAAGUGUUUCGAGGGAAAUGCAGUCCGUGAAAGUGAUCUUUGUUCUAUCUGUGACCCUGGCGGUUGCCUUUGCUAACCCGAGGUUGCCGCCCGGUGCCCCGAAGCCCCUGGAUGGAGAUGACUUAUCCAAGGCUAAGGAGCUCUUGGUCACCACACUCGCCAAACUUGCCACAGGAGGUGGCCCCAAUUAUCAGGUAGUGAAUGUGAUUUCGGCAUCUAGCCAACUGGUGGCUGGGUCGCUGCACAAAUUCGAGGUGGAGCUGUCCAACGGAUCCGAGACCAAGGAGUGCACCGUAAAGAUCUGGGACAGGCCAUGGCUGCAUGAGCAGGGGGAGGCCACCAAUGUGAAGGUCCAGUGCAAGAAUGAAGCUGUGCUGGAGAAGACCUGGUAGAGCGUCAUUGCUGUGGUUUACCCGUACAAUUUGCAAUACAAUAAAAGUGCCUGAGAAUUCA